GUUGUUUAUCUGGGGUCGCUAAAAACCCAACAUCUAUUUCCAUGGGAACGCGGGGUGUUUGUUCGGCUCCUUCCCACGACCCACCCGGCUGGACCGGACCGGACCGGACUACAGCUCCCGGCAUGCACCGAGCGCGAGCGGGGCCGCAGCCUCCGGACCGGACCGGACCGGACUACAGCUCCCGGCAUGCACCGAGCGCGAGCGGGGCCGCGCCGCCCUGUUCUCGGGGGCGCCCGGGACCCCGCGCUGCGCGCCCGGCCCGGGAAUGGCUGCGGGGCUCCGCGCCCGGGUAGGGCCCUGGCUGCGCUGGCGCCCGCGGGGCGAUGUGGCUCCUUGGAGAAGCCGCAGCCCGGGGGGACCCGCAGCCCGAGCAGAGCCCCCGCCCUCCCCCCCCCCCCGUCGCUACGUGUCCCGGGCUCUGCGGGGAUCGGGGCCCCGAGAGCUCGGGGCAGAUGUAACUCGAGCCCCAAGGCGCGGGGUGCCGGUGGCGUUCGAGGACGUGGCGGUCUAUUUCUCCCCGGAGGAGUGGGCGGCGUUAGCGGAAUGGCAGAGGGAGCUGUACUGGGACGUGAUGAAGGAGAAUUACGUGCUGGUGGCCUCGCUGGGUGAGGCUCCUUUCUUUGCAGCCACACACAUGAAUGUCCCUGACUCGGAGAGACCAGACCCAACGUCACUGAGCCCAGCAGCGACGCCGUUCCCCCGGGAUCCCCGGUGAUGCUGUCGCUGCCAGGCCAGGGCGAGGAGCACUGGGGAAGGGGUUUUCCCGCGGGCUCUUAGUGGGGCAUCUUCCCUGAGAGAGGCAAUCACAGGGGCUAGUCGGCGGGGGAAGACGUUCUCUAGGCUGGUGCAGGACUGGCCCAGUCCUUGUCCUGGCAGAGCCCAGACUGGGGGCCUUGGCCCAGGGCUGUGGGAACAGCGCUAACCCAGCCAGGUCUGGUGCUGGGGUAAUGGGGUCCUGCCAGGCCGUGGCCCAGAACCGCCAGCCCCAGAAAUUCAGAAACCACCAGGCAGACCCCAUUUUGUUGCCCAAUCACUUAGUUUUGUGAGAUUUUUGAAGUUCUUCACAGUCUGCUUUGGGCAAGGGCAAGGUGCCUGGGAGAUACGGGAACACGCACACAAGAAGGGGUUCCCUGGGCAGGAGAGGGCAAGGCUGCGCCAUGAAUAGCCCCGGGGCUUGGGGCAAGAGAAGUGGCGCCCCACUGUUGUCACAGAGAUCCUUGGACCGUCGCGUGGCCGGUCGGGGGCUG